AUGGCACUUACAUGUACUGAUAUCAUCAAGUUUCUUUUUGCUAUAAUAUUUCCACCAUUAGGUGUUUUUCUUGAAAAAGGAUGUUGUAUAGAUCUUUUAAUAAAUAUCCUAUUAACUCUUCUUGGAUAUAUACCGUAA